AGAUUCAAAAUUUCCACAAGAAAUGUUUCAUAAAGUCACGAGCUUUCUGUUCUCCCCGUGAACAAACAAAAAGAUUAGUAUAAAAAUGUUAUUUUCAUGAUUUUUCAAAUGCCAUAUAGCUCACCAGAAGGGAUUAGAAAUAAUAAUAAAAUAUUCAUGGAUUUUGUUCAAAGGUCCCUUUCUAUGUUUUAGAAUAGCUUCCUCCUCCAAGCUUGGUCCCUUUUGCAAAGGUCUGAAAAUAUAUAUAUCUGCAUGCCAUGGAGUUUCAGAAUCCCAGUUCAUCAGAUUUAUCACUUUCUCAGUUGCUCUGGCUAUGAUUUUAAGAGAGAGAGAUUAUGGUUUUUUUUUUUCAGAAAUUCAAGGUUUUAUGUGUAGUAAGUUCACAGAAUAUAGAGAUUUAUUUUCCAUGAAUGGAAUCUUGAUGGUUGUUGUUUUUAGAGAUUUUGGCGACUUUUUUGGCAAUUGAGCUGCUUUGUUGAGAAGCUGAACCGGAAGGCAUUGAGUUUUUAGGAGAGUAGCAUUGAUUGCAUUCCUUUUUUUUUUUUUUUUGCAAUUGCAGUUGUUAUCUUGUUCAAUUUGCAAAACUCAGUAGAGUUUGGUUGCCUGAAAUUUCAUAAAUGUUGGAAAAGAGUAGGAUUCCAUCGAAGUUUAUUUUCUACUUGAUAACGAUUUCGGUGUUCCUUUUAAUCUCUUCCUCUGUCUUCCUACUUCAGUUUAGCAAUACUUCUUUUGCACCCACAGUGUUUAAGCUUAUUGUUCUUAAUGGCACAUACUUAGAGCCCCUUGUAAAAAGUAGGGACAAAAACCUUCCUUCCUUCUCUUCCGAGGUUACCCGAGUUGAUGCUCAAAGAUUCACAAAAAGAUGUGAAUUGGGAUGUCAAGUUUCCAAUUCAAGCAAGAAGUUGGGAUCUUUAGAAAAAAAGAAAAUGGUUGCUUGUGACUCGACGCAGGCUCUCUUGAGGGUGUUUAUGUAUGAGUUGCCUCCUGAGUUUCACUUUGGGUUAUUGGGUUGGAAGGGUAAGGAGAAUCAAACAUGGCCAAAUGUCAAAAACCUGAGUCUCAUUCCUGCUUACCCAGGUGGCCUGAAUUUACAGCACAGUAUCGAAUACUGGCUCACCCUUGAUCUUCUAUCAUCAAGUAUCCCAACUGUGGUUAGACCGUGCACGGUAGUCAGGGUGCACAAUUCAAGUCAAGCAGAUGUUAUUUUUAUCCCAUUCUUCGCAUCCCUGAGUUACAACAGGCAUUCUAAGCUUCGUGGAAAUGAGAAAGUAAGUGUGAACAAGAAGUUGCAGGGCAAGUUGGUGCAGUAUUUGAUGGGUCGGGAUGAAUGGAAAAGAAGGGGUGGAAAGGAUCAUUUACUAGUUGCUCACCAUCCAAAUAGCAUGUUAGAUGCAAGAAAGAAGUUGGGCUCUGCCAUGUUUGUGCUUGCGGAUUUUGGAAGAUACCCAGCUGAAACAGCAAAUCUUGAGAAGGACAUAAUUGCUCCUUAUAGACAUUUGGUACUGACUGUUCAGAGCAGCAAAUCACCCUCAUUCAACGAACGUCCUAUACUAUUAUAUUUCCGAGGGGCAAUAUACAGGAAAGAUGGAGGAAUAGUACGGAAGAAAUUGUAUUAUCUUCUUAAAGAUGAGAAGGAUGUCCACUUCACUUUUGGUAGCGUUCAAGGACAUGGUAUUAACAAGGCAAGCCAAGGAAUGGCCUCAUCAAAGUUUUGCCUGAAUCUUGCUGGUGAUACCCCUUCCUCAAAUCGCCUAUUUGAUGCCAUUGCUAGCCAUUGUGUCCCUGUAAUAAUUAGCGAUGAGAUUGAGCUACCAUUUGAAGAUGUGUUAGACUACUCACAGUUUUGCAUAUUUGUUCGCUCAUCUUACGCUAGUAAGAAGGGUUACCUACUGAAUAUUCUCCGAGGAAUCAAGCAAGAAACAUGGACCAAGAUGUGGGAAAGGUUGAAGGAAGUCGUACAUCAUUUCGGAUAUCAGUAUCCAUCCCAGCCAGGUGAUGCAGUUGAUAUGAUUUGGCAGGCAGUUUCUCAUAAGAUAUCCUCCAGAGUUUAAAUUUCACUCCAGACAGUUUAAAUUUCACAGGAAGAAGAGAUAUGACAGCUCAACUUCUGGUAUAAGAACGAAAUGACACUCACCCAUCUGAAAGCGUUUCAAAUGUUCAAAAUCACUAAGAUCUCUUGACCUUGCACCGUCGGGGAAACAUCAAAAUUUUGCCGAAGCCGGAGUACAAGGGACGUACAGGCUAAGUUGAGAACUUCAGAUAUGCAAGGGAUUUUGUUUUUGACAGUAUAUAUACGCACACAUCGAUACUGAUUUAGUUGUAGUUACGUAAUAAAUUUCAAUCCAAUUAUUCAUUCAUUUGUGAA